AUGAGAAUAGCCAUAGUAGGAAGUGGUAUCUCUGGUCUCUCCGCUCUUUGGUUGUUGAAUGAAUAUUCUGAACAUGAGGUGAAUAUCUAUGAAAAAGCCGAAUAUGCAGGGGGACAUACCAACACUGUUGAAUUUUAUCGUAUGUUCUCUCAUCAAGCUGAAAGUAAGAUUGUGUUGAAUCCUUCUACUUAUCCUAAUUUUCUUCAAUUUCUCAAAUUACUCAAGAUACCGUUGUUGAAGACCGCAAUGAGCUUUUCAGUCUCGAGAGAUAGAGGAAAGUUCGAAUGGUCUGGAAAUGGGUUGAGAGGACUUUUUUGUCAGAUAACAAAUCUUCUCAAUCCUCGUAUAUAUCGAAUGGUCUUUGACAUUAUCCGUUUCAACCUUUUUGCACUCGACAUCCUUCGUCACCGGACCACGACUGCCGACGGACGGGAAAUGACCAUAGGGGAAUAUCUCGAUAAAGAGGGUUAUGGACAAGGCUUCAGAGACGACUAUCUCUUACCCAUGACCGCCGCCAUUUGGUCAACGCCUGCCGACCAAGCAGCACUGGAUUUCCCAGCUUCCACUUUAGUCCGAUUCUUCUAUAACCAUCAUCUUCUUCAGAUACUUCGUAAGCCCAAGUGGCUCACCAUUAAAGGUGGAUCGAAACGAUACGUCGAUGCGAUACUCGGUAGAUUAUCACCCGAAAAUCUUCACCUGAACACGGAGAUUGUCAGCGUCUCCUCACAUGAGAAUGGGGUCACUCUUGUGGAAGCGACCGGCGCCAGACAUAUCUAUGAUCAUGUGAUCAUGGCGACUCACUCCGACACCACACUGGCCAUGCUCCGUCGUGGAGGGGGUGCAACCAAAGAGGAAGAAAAGGUACUGGGCGCUUGGCAGUGGAGUAAAAACGAAGCGUUUCUUCAUUGGGAUGAGGCGCUGAUGCCAAAUCGGAGACGGGCGUUCGCUGCCUGGAAUUACCUGACUUCGACGUUGACCGUUCAUACUCCGUCUAGGACCACUCAGUCUGACAUUGGCACAGUCUCUCUUACCUAUGAUAUGAACAUUUUGCAACACCUUCCUGAGAAGAAACAUGGUCUCGUGCUAGUCAACCUCAAUCCACCAUUCCCGAUAGAUCACAACAAGAUUCUCGGCAAAUUCAUUUACCACCACCCUAUGAUGACACAACGAUCUGUUUCCUCCCAGGUUGAUAUUCCUAAAAUCCAAAAUACUAGGAACAUUUCCUUUGUUGGCGCUUGGACGAGAUACGGUUUCCAUGAAGACGGGUUUUCCUCCGCAAUG